UGUCACAAACCUCUUCCAGCUUAUCCAUGCCACAAUAUCUCAUUUGUCAGAAGUCUUUUGUCAGCUCUGUUAGAGCUUUCUCUUGGAAAUUGGUCGAGAGCAACCUAAUGGCCAGACCACACAAGCCGUGGUGGAAAUUGGAGUUUUAAGCCUUGAAGACUGACAAACUUUCUCAUUGCAGCACCCUUAUGUAGAAUUCAUCGUAGUGGUGUGCGAUACUUGCCACUUCACCCACAGCCUUGCGCCCAUACGACCUCCUGAUCGACAUACUGCAUACUGCAGCUAUGUGUGCCGUUGGGGGCCACUUGGUUGAUGCCUUCUAUGGUUGUAGGUGUGUUUGGAUCCCUUCUCAAGUCCUGACCAUUCAAGUCAAGUUCGUAUUCAGUCUCAGUAUCGGAACUCCGCGGGCCGUUCCCUUCCUAUGCAACAGAGCAGCCUUUCUAUUUGUAUCAAACCAGUAGUUUCCAUUCUGGAGUCGAUCAUUUCCACGAAUCUGGAACAUACGCCGGUCUACUAAACGGCCUUGAAGCGGCGCGGUCAAGACAUACAGGAGCUGAGUGGGGCCUGCAUAUAGGACCACCUAUAGUCUUCAACGGCCACCCACGCCAACUGUAAAAACCUAUUUUAAUAGGUUCUAAUCACCACAAGGCUGGGCUUCACCACCACUACACCAUCACAGAGGAACCCCUCAUGGCCAGCAUCGCCUUGUUGAACUUUAUGCGGCACAGUGCAACCCUUGGUUUAAAUUUGGGCUUUGCAAUGGGAGGGAGAGGGAGCCUUCUCGGGCGAAGUGACCGGAGGAGAACUUGAAGUAGGUAAGUCUCUCAAGUUAAAUAGCCAUGGAGUUCUCUAUUGUCCGUGUUGUUUCCCCCAAAGGACCACAAGCUUCUCAGUUGUCUCUCGAGCAUAUCUCAACCUCAUGGCAUCACCAACCUGUGCACAAGACGGUGUUCAGCACAACUUCUUGCAAUGGGUGCCCUAUUUCCUGUCCUCCAAUUAUGAGACCAAUCUUCAGCAUGACUGUUGUCUUCUCGGUGUUGACCUCAGCACCAGCUGUGUUGUCAACUUUUUCUCCAACAACACUGUCAAUUCAUAUGGCAAUAUAACUCGUGGCCACUUCGAAGCUAACCCAGACAUUGCUGGAUACGGAGUGUGGAUAUCUCUCGCCUCGGCACUUUUCGUCAACAUCGUGGCUAUUCUGUUUGUAGUGCGGGAGUGGUCAUAUCGCCUCCGGGGAAAGAAAUCAAAGAUUCUUCCCACAACGAACAAAAGCAACAGCAAGAGUCACCCCUCCAGCAUGGCACAGAAAGGAAAGAACACAGCCAAAGGGGUCUACUCCUGGCUCAAGUCCUGGAUGAAAGAGCUCUUCAGGGUGACGAUCGAUGCUCAACUUGUUCUCGCCUUCUCCUAUGCCCUCAACUUUGGUCUGGAGUCCAAAUGCACCCUUUCAGCCUACCACUACAACUUCGCCGUCGAUACACUCAUCUUGUCACUGUCUUGCGUCACACUUUCAGUCUAUGUACUUGACGACUUUUGGAGGUCCAAAUGGAUCGGAUGCCUGCGAACGGCCGCCUCCAUCAUCAUAUAUGCAUUUCUUUGUCGGUACCUGUACUACCAAAUGGAAAGGAACACGUCCCCCGAACUGAUGUUCAUCCCAACCCCGGGCCGUUCCGACAGCUCGCUUCUCCUUCCCAUGGCAUGUUUUCUCGAUCCUGACCUGGACCCGUUUAUCAACCUGGCCCCUGAGCAGAAAGACGCGAUUGGCGGGCCCGGGCCUAAGGUCACCCCAGCCUUUGUCUUUUGCUAUAUGCUAGCAGUGGGAUAUGUUGGUGCCCAUCUGGAGAAGUUCUUGACGAGAAACAGGCCGAAUUAUCACCAGAAUGUCUUCAUGACAACAGCGUUUGUUGUGUUGUGCAGCAUCCCGUGCUUCCUGUCAUAUGCCCACCUCACAAUUCUGCGGGACUGGGUUGACAUGUCAGGCUGGAUGGAGGUUGCCAACGGUGGUGGCAGCCCUGAGAAGGAAAUCCGGAGUAUUGGACAAAUUAUGCCCCUCGCGACCAUCUUCUGGAUUCUUGCUAUCUCUUUUGAUACUGGGAAGUUGGCCCGCAGGGGGAUGGCAAAUCAACAGGCACAUCGACAGGCUGGGAAGAAGUGAUGAUGUUGCAGUUCGAGUUCUUUGAGAAACAUGGAAGGGUGACGAAAGUGAAUUCAAAGCAAGCAUGGGUUGAUUGGUUAGUUUUGAGGUUAUAAUGUGGAAAGUUGAAUAUUAGGUUGGUAACGACUAAGUAAAGGUAGCUAUGAGUUGGCAAAGAACAUAGCUUUGUUUUCAUCAAAUUUUACUCACCUUUAUGCAAUAGUUUUGAC